GAGCGUCGUUUUCAAACGAAACGAAGUAAAAAUGGCGGCGUCCACUGAGUCGAUACGAAAUGACUUUCUCCAAGUAAUAGCUAUAGAUAAAGAAAACUUACUACCACAGAUGCCGUCCAUAGGAACUCCUGGAAGGUUCCCCCUAAAACCAGUUCAAGGAAAUGUAACAUCAAUGAAAAAACAGCUGGUAAAGAAACGUGCUUCAUUCGCAACGAGCUCUGAAAUAAGCAAGCCCCAUCGUAUUAACAAACGGCGGAGCAUUCCAGUUUACGUAUUCAGAAAGAAAUCACAGAAAAACGAAAAACGUCGCAGCGUAGCACCCGUUAUACCUGAAGACAGCGCGCUUUCGUUUGAAACGAGAAAACACCUGUCGACAAGCAACACAUGCGAUAGAGAGGACAUUGUUGGUGGAAAACUCAAGAUCUUGGGUGAUGCUAAUUCACUUUCAAACGAUAAAAAACGCGUUUUGGAUUCUCACAAUAAUGUCAACGAUACAGAGUCUUCAGCAGUGAAAUUGGAGAAAGAGAUGGACGAUUUUUCCGAGAGGAUUGUCUCACAAGUGCUGUUUGAUGUUGCAAGGGCUGAAGCAGACAAGCAGAAUGCAGUGAAAGUAAAGGAAUUUGCAGAGAUUAUCCUUCAAAUGAAUAAAGAGAGAUUGCAGAUUGAAAGAAAACUUGCAAACUUCACCAAAACAUCAAAGAAAGAAGUUGAGUCUGAAAAAGUCAUCUCAAGGACAGAUGGUAAAAAAGUGCUGGAGCUUGAAAAAGAUAUCUCAAAAAAGAAAAAUGAAAUAAGACGACUAAGAACUGAACUUUCGCAGCUACAAGAGAAUUCCAAACAUAAACACUUUGAAAAAGAGUUAGAGGGAAGGAAAGCGGAAAUUAAGCAACUGAAAACUGAGAUCAAUCAACUACAGCAAAAACUAAAAGAGAUUUCGGGUCUUAAAAGUGAACUCCAAAAAAUCAGAGAGCAGAAUAAAAAUUUGAAUGAGAUUGUAUUUUCCUGCCGCAAGGAGAACACAGCACAGAAAGCUACUGUUGCUAAGCUACAGAAAGAAGUGUUUCUAAAGGAAUCAAGAAUCAAGGUCUGCUCAGAGGAGAGCACAAAACAGAUAUCUGAACUAAAGCAACAGAUAAUGGAAAAGGAUGUUGUGAUUAGAGAUUUGAGAAAGGCAGUCAGUGAGGAUGAGAUAAACUCAAGAAGACAUCAGCAGCAGUGUGAAGUUGUUGAGGCUCUUGUCAACAGACUUGAGGUGGUUUCUGAACUGGCAGAGAAGUUCAAACUGUCUGCAGAGAGAAAGGUUAAGGAGCUGACAGCAUCACUGCAGGAGAGCCACAAACUCCUGGACUCCAUUGACCUUGAAUUGGAGCAGGCCAGAUCACAAGCCUUGUGUUACCAGCAAAGAAAUGAGGAGCUAAGCAUCCAGGUGGAGACCUUGCAGUCACAAGUGGAUGUUGGCAAACUAGAGAUCAACUGGCAGCAGGGUGUCAUUGCCUCAACAGAAGAAGCUCUGCACAAGACCAGAGUGGAGCUGAGCAUGUAUCAGGAGCAUCUUGAGAUGGUUCAGUGUCAGCAGCAAGAGGUCAAUGAGUUCAUGCUCGAGGAGAAAAGGAACUUGGAGGAGAUGACAAGAGAAUAUGAACAACAGCUCAAGCUUGCACAGAAUCAGAAUGGUACACUUGAGAUGGCUAUCAAGGCGAAGUCAGACCAUUGCAUGGAGCUACAAGAAGAGCUAAGAUAUUUCAGGAACUUGUACCAGGAGAAGCAAGAAGAAUUGGAUGCCACCCAGUGCCAGGCCCACUGCCUCAUGUUGCGGCAGCAGACAGAAAUGACCGAGGCAAUGCAAGAGCUAGUAGAGGUCUGGGAACUACUGGACUCAUUGCUUCUACAGUUCAAGGAGCAAGCUCAAAUAAAGGACGAUGCGCCAACAGACGAGCCGUCCGAUCCUGGUGUUAACUCACCUUCCCUUGUCCAAAGUGUGCUGGAAGCUGUAAUCCAAAGCGAGGAGAGUUCCGAGAGUGUCAGCAAGGAGGAAACAGUGGCCUUGUCAAUCAUGGAGCAGAUAAGCGGUAUUAAGGAAGGACUGGAGCGUCUCGCUGUGCUUGGAAGUGGCCAAGCAGCCAAUCAACAGGCGCAGGAACUGAUCACUGAGCUCAGGCAGGAGAAAGAACAGAUCUAUCAGGAGCUGACCGCGGGGGUAAAAAAGCUCACCAGAGAACUGGAGACGAGUCAGAAUAACGAAGCGGGCCUUCAGUGCCAGCUAAACGGCAAGUCAGCGGAGAUAAGCAACUUAAAGGUUGCCCUGAGCAACGCCCUCGAGAGCCUGGCGCAGAGUGAAGAGGAGGUAGAGCGGAGCUGGAGCCAGAGGGAGGAACUCCAGCUGCUGAAAAGAGAGCAUGGACGGAAGUGUGAUGCAUACCGAAAGUUAGAGUCUGAAAAGGAGUUCGUUGCCAGGCAACUGGCAGAGACUUUGACGAGACUUGACAAUUUGACAGCAGGCUCAGACGGUUCAGCGGAAGCGCUGUCUGACAUGCCCAGUAAACUACUUGCAGAGAAGCAUGAGAUUGAGCUCAAGCUUAUGGAGGUCAAGGAGAAGUUCAUGGACUAUCGUUUACGGACCGAGAGCGACAUCAACGAGUACAAGCUGCGAGCUAGCAACAAUAUAUUCGUUCUGCAAGGAAACCUGGAAAAAGCGGAGCAAGAAAUCAGUCGCUUGGACGCAGUUCUCGAGAGAAUAAGAAUCAUUCUUAACAAAAACCAGACCAACAUCAGUAGUUGCCCAGACCUCGUCAAACUAAAGAAGUUCCUUGACAGAGAUUAAGACGAAGGUUGAACGAGGCCAAAGAUUUUGAGCACCAAUUGAUGUCGAGAAAAGGGGAAAAUACCGUGACAUCAUAGGAUUGUUCAAGUUUUAAACACGGUAUAUGUACAGCUAUUCUAGAAAACGCUGUCAGUGUCUACUAUAAAAAACUAGUUGGUUUUGUCAUAUGGAUACAUCAUGCGAUUAGUUUACUGGUCACCUUUAUUUCUACAAAUAAUAAAUACCCAUAACCAGCGGUUAGUCUUAAAAAAAUAAUGUAGGCCAUGACGUUUUUAGAGAUACGUAGAUUUACAUUUGAUUUAUAGACUUACAACUCUGUUGCUGGUCACAUUUUAUUUUUAUUUCUAUAUUUGUAUUGUUACUGAUUUAACAAAUGUGUAAAUAUACAUACUACAAACAAACUUUGUGAAGUGCAAGAAUUCAAAAUUAGAAAAAAGUAAAAAUGUGGGAUUUUUGGA